CAUCCGGGCCCUGCCAGAGGCCGAGGGAUCCGGAGAGAAGCAUGCGGUGGGGGAUGGGGGGGCUCUGGGAGGAGAAUCUGGCCUGGGGGUGGGGUAGGCGCCCGGUACCUCCUCCUCCCUCCCCUCCCCUCCCCCAGGCCUGGCAAAAGCAUUCACCUGGAGACCCGCCUCCUGCUGCCUUCAACUGGCCCGGGGAGGAUUAGGGAGAUUUUGGGCUGGGGGUUGGGAGAGGGGGGGAGGGGGCGUGCUCGGCACCGAUCCCCUCCCCCUGAUAACCCCCCCCACGCCCAGAAGGAGGAGGGGCGCCCGGCGGGCCAGCAAGGGAGUCCAGCAGUGCAGCGCAGCGCAGCGCGGGGAGGGUUAACCCGCCCAUGUAAACGUCGUCUGGGGCUUGUCAGUUUCCGAUUUGAGACCCGGGAAAAGGGGGGAAAGGCACGCCUGGCAGCGGGCGGGCAAAGCAGCUUCGGCGGCAGCAGGAAUACAACAAGACCGCGGAGACCCCGACGGAGAGGACGAGUGGGCGGGCGCCGAGGUUAACAUGAAGAAGGAGAAGGUGGUCCAGUGGACGAUGGACAGCGAGGAGGAGAACCUGGUCUUGGUCAAUGGAAGCUGCGGAGACCCAGCCAAGGCCAAGGCUGAGUCUACCUUGAAAGUCAAAGGGAAGAAGAAGAAUGCAGAUGCCGAUGACGCAGGGAAAGUGCCUCGCAAGACGAAGUGGAAGGAACAGGAUGAGGAGGUCCCCAAAGAAGCCCAGGAGGAGGUACGGAGGCGCGGAUCCGCUGGCUGGGAGAACAGUUUGCGGCAGAAGCCCCCUCCCCGCAUCGUCUUCCAGGCCGGACCCGCUGCGCAGGAGAAGAAUGUGAAAGACGAAGUGGAGAGCGUGGAGAACUUCAAGGAGAGACACAAAAUCAGGUUUUCCAGGAGAAUCUCUGCAGUCGCCCAAGUGGACUACUCAGAGGAGAACUUGGUGCAGUCCAGCCAGAGCAGCGGCGGUGGCAGCAGCAGCAGCAGCAAUAUUGGGGGGGUACCAAAUGGCUGCCUCUUGACAGGGACCCCGAGAGAUACAGAGGAAUACCAGGACGGCAAGGGUUUUCGAAUCGGCGAGCUCGUGUGGGGGAAGAUCAGGGGCUUUGUUUGGUGGCCCGCCAUCGUCGUGUCGUGGAGGGCCACAUUCAACCGCAAGGCGGCCCCCGGGAUACGUUGGGUCCAGUGGUUUGGUGAUGGAAAGUUUUCGGAGGUCUCGGUAGACAAGCUGGUGGGGCUGUUGGCGUUCCAGGAGCAUUUCAACUCCACCACGUUCCACAAGUUGGUUUCGUACCGGCAAGCCAUCCUUCACGUCUUGGAGGUCGCAAGCAGCCGAGCAGGCAAGUCGUUCUCGAGCGCCCCGGGGGAUUCUCUCGAAGACAAGCUGAAGCCCAUGGUGGAAUGGGCCAUGAAUGGCUUCAAGCCCACCGGAGGGAAAGGUCUGAAGCCCCCCAAGACCUCAGACAACAGUCUCCCAAGCCAGAGGAGCUCCGAAGAACCUGCCGCUCCUGAACUGCCUUCCCCUGAACCUGCCCCCCCUCCCAAGCGGCUCAAGACUAAUGUCUCCACUGGGAGCAACAAGGAGCAGGGGGAGGAGAACCAGAGCAGAGAGUCGAUGGCUUCUGAAGUCAGGCACAACAAGAAGAGCUUGGAAGACAGCUGCUUGUCAUGUGGGAAGAAGACUCCGGUGACCACCCACCCCCUCUUCGAAGGGGGCCUCUGCGAGACUUGCCAGGUUCAGUUCCUAGAAUUUUUCUACAUGUACGAUGAAGACGGGUACCAGGCUUACUGCAGCAUUUGUUGCGCGGGGAACGAGCUGCUUCUCUGCGACAAUGCCAACUGCUUCAGGUGCUUCUGUGUGGACUGCCUGAACCUGCUAGUGGGUCGCGGGGCGGCCGAUGCAGCCAGGAAGGAGGACCCCUGGAGCUGCUACAUGUGCCAGCCGCAAGGGCGGCACGGGAUGCUUCAGAGGAGGGACGACUGGAACACCCGCCUGAAGGAGUUCUUCACGGACGAGAAGGGGCUGGAAUACGAGCCACCAAAAAUCUACCCAGCAAUCCCAGCGGCAAACAGGAGGCCAAUCAGAGUGCUGUCUCUCUUUGAUGGAAUUGCAACAGGCUACCUUGUCCUGCGGGAUCUUGGCAUCCAGGUGGAGAAAUACAUCGCCUCUGAGAUCUGCGAGGAGUCCAUAGCGGUGGGAACUGUGCGGCACGAAGGGAACAUCAGAUACGUGCAUGACGUCAGGAACAUAACCAAGAAAAAUAUUGACGAAUGGGGCCCUUUUGACCUGGUGAUUGGCGGAAGCCCCUGCAACGACCUCUCCAUUGUGAACCCUGCCAGGAAGGGCCUGUAUGAGGGGACCGGGCGACUCUUCUUCGAGUUCUACCACCUUCUCAAUUACACGCGCCCCAAACCCGGAGAGGAGCGCCCCUUCUUUUGGCUGUUUGAGAACGUCGUGGCCAUGCGCAUCAACGACAAAAGGGACAUCUCUCGUUUCCUGGAGUGUAACCCUGUUAUGAUUGAUGCUGUCAAAGUCUCGGCUGCACACCGGGCACGAUACUUCUGGGGCAAUCUGCCUGGGAUGAACAGGCCCCUGGUAGCUUCGACGGCAGAUAAACUUGAACUUCAGGAUUGCUUGGAGUACGGCAGAACAGCCAAGUUGAAAAAGGUCCAGACCAUCACAACAAAGUCCAAUUCCAUCAGGCAGGGGAAAGCCCAGACUUUCCCAGUGCGGAUGAAUGGCAAGGAUGACAAUUUGUGGUGCACUGAAUUGGAAAGGAUCUUUGGCUUCCCCCACCAUUACACCGACUUGUCCAACAUGGGGCGUGGAACUCGCCAGAAGCUUCUUGGAAGGGCAUGGAGUGUCCCGGUCAUCCGCCACCUGUUUGCUCCACUCAAGGAUUAUUUUGCCUGCGACUAGGGAGCAGGUGGGGUGCCCAGGUCUCCUUCGAGCAAGCAGCCUUGGGAGAGGAGGGCAGCAAAGAGCUUGGAACGACGCCCUCCUGCAAGUGCGACCCACAGCACAGCAUCUCCCCUUCACCACCCUCUGCAAGCACCACCAUGGAGACUGGAAGGAAAAGACGGAUGGAAAUGUUCCUUUCCAUCAAUGCUGACAUUUCUAAAAGGUCAAAAGACCUCUGUUUACUCACCGUGCAAAAAUGCCGUUGUGUCUGUGGAGGGACACGACUGCAGCAUUAGCCAACCAUUCCCCCUAAGAUCAAUGUCAGUCGCUGCCUGACUGAAAGGCAGUUUUCUGACGGGCUGUACGAAAACCCCACAAACUUGAAAAAAUAAUUUUAAAAAGGAUGAGCGACAGAAUCUCUCCAGGGACAAUCAUGAAGAAACCAAAAUUUGCAGCAACAAUCCUGCCGCGCUGCAUUUUGUACACUGGAACAAUCAGGAUAUGAUGAGGAGACUCCUCUCCUUUUUAUCGUUCUUUUUAAACAUCAUACACACACACACACACACACACACACACACACACACACACACAUAUAUAUAUAUACACACACACACACACAAAACUUUUUUAAAAAAUCAAGACACUUGGCUGCUGCUUUUUUCAGCGUUAUGUGUGAAUGGUGGAAAUUCCUCAAGAGGAAUUUAGCUGAAACACAAGUGUGGGAUAAUCAUAGUAGCUAGAGGAAAAGAAAACCAACCAGCCAACUUUGCCAAAUGCAUCCAGGUAUACUUUUAAACUACUAAUCUAUCUUUAAAAAAACAUCAGGUCUGAAACUUAUCGAUGCUGCUAUUUUCCUCGUGAAUGUUCGCUUUGUUACCCCACCCCUCAGUUGGCAUUACCUUGUUACGGAAAGGAAAUGACAUCCCUCUGCUGGGGCAACUUGUUUUUGUAGGUCCUUUCACGGCUCUGCCAUGUGCUAAGAAGUAGCGUUUGAUACAGUGCAUAUGAGGCAGCUCAAUGGGUUCUUUCCCAUGGAGGAUGCAACUGGAGAGAUCCUUUCACAUUCCUCCUGGUUCUGUGCCACCUGCCAAAGAACUCUUUUGGAUCAGACAGAUCCACACUUACUGCUGUGGGGAUGUGGUGUUCUAGCCCACAACCUCUCGAGCAGCUUCUCCCAAUCGGGUGGCUUCCAGGUUGGGGAAGACUGCUACGGAGGUUGCCAUAUCACUUGACUUGAUGUCAAGUGGAAUGGGUAGCAGUCUGGCCAAGAAAUAAGAAUCAUUCCUAUCCCACUGAUAGGAAUGAGAGCAAGUAGAAGGGCAUGACUGGGGGGCACACACGCCUCUCUUUCAUUCCAUUGGCUUGUGAGCAGGAGACCUUCCUGGUGGUCAUGUCGCAGAUUGUUCAGGAUUGUUUCCCCACGUGCCAUCAGUAUUUCAAGGUACAGAUCCAAGCUCCCUCACUAAACGACAGCCAAAAAUAUGUUGCUCAGGAAACAUACUAAGUAUGCCAGAGAUGGACUCCUCUGGUCCCCAACGUAGCUGCAGCAAUGUCUGCUUUGCCCAGAUUUAUCUCCAGCAGGCAUUGUAUCAGAUUGGGCUAUUGGCUGUGGAAGUUCUCUCUCACCGCCUGGGUCCUUCAGGAACAGCUCAGGGAAGCAGAUUCGGACCAGAGAAGGAAGCUUUCCUCCUCCUCCUCCUCAACCUUUUGCUUGACCCAGGUAUCAUCUCUCUCAUCUGUGCCACCGCUGAAGGAACUGCCAAUGUUGGAGUCGUGAAUUGUUCCUACAUUUUGAGAACUGCUGUCUUGGCGAUAAGCUGGAGUGUGUACUUUCUCCUUGCAAAUGAAUGCCAGUAAUCUUGAGCAGAGAUGCCUCGGAGGACACAUUACAGGUGCGGGUACCAGGUUUGGCUUAUUUGGAAUACCUGGUCUUGAAACCACGGCCCUCCCAUGUGCUGGAAUUCUGCUGAUUUUCCUGCCAUAUGAAUGGAUCUUAAGAAAACAGGGAGCCACACGGGCUCCUCUGAGCCCAAGCUUUGUCCAUGGAAAUCAAACUGCUGGAAUGGAAAUGGAAAUGUAUGUAACUCAAGAAAGGGAGUUAACCAUAUGUGCCUUCUUGUCCUUUAUUUUCUUUUAUUAUUUUGUUUUGCAGACCACAAUAGCGUAUCUGUCAUUUCAACAAGUUUAGGCUUCUUUGCUAAAAACAGUAAGACUUGAAAGACCCUUCAUCAGAGGAGGACAAGUUGUAGGAAGCAAGGUAGAAAAAGGAGGAGACGGUCUACUUGUGAAACUUGCACAAAACGUAGCAAUAACUAUAAUGUCUGUUCCUGGGCAAAAUCCACUAUUUUACUGCAUGUUUGCCUCUUUUUAAAGCUGCAUUUCAGGCAUGUUGUUGUGACAAAGUUUUAUAAGGUUUCCUUGUCUCUAGUUGGUGCUAUAUUUUUAGAAUUUUUUUAUGCCAAAACUGUUUUUUUAUAGUAUCGUUUUUAUAAAAACAUAUGACUGUUUUGCUCUUUUUGUUUGUUUCUAUUGUUUUGAUUUUUAUGAGCUUCAUGAUGCAGAAGCUCAGUACCAAAGUGAACAUCUGAGCCUUUGCAAAGGGGAAAUUGGGUGCUGUUGUGUUUUUCUGUGUUUGUGUGUUUUGGUUUUGGUUUUUUUACUGGAAAUGAAAAUAAUUGGUUUCUAAAGCGUUUACCUCAAAAAAUUUCCAUUGUUUAAUUAAAGUCAGUGUUCUAUAACUGAGCACCCACUUGUUCGUUCUCUCUUUAUUUAAUGGUGUGUCUUAAUUGGGAGUGGUUUACUUCUCUCCCUGGAGGAGUGGGUGGCUGGGGGAUAUUGGGAAUGCACACAAGUUUGCAUCUUUGUUGGCAAUAGGAUUAAAGUCGGUCCAGCCACAAGAGUUUGGCAUUCCAAGAGAAUGUUGAAAAGAAGGGAAACAAACUGCAGAUCCAGUCUCGGUUAUUUCAUGCUAAGGAUAGCUUUAUAUGGACCUUUGUUGGCAAGGUGAUGUCUCUGCUUUUUAAGAUGCUGUCAAGGUUUGUCAUUGCUUUUCUCCCAAGAAGCAGACGUCUUUUAAUUCCGUGACUGCUGUCACCAUCUUCAUGGAUCACUACCUUGUCAUGGUGAAGGGGCUUGAAUAACUCAGAGAAGCUAUGAGCUAUGCCGUGCAGGGCCACCCAAGAUGGACAGGUCAUAGUGGAGAGUUUUGACUAAAUGUGAUCCACCUGGAGAAGGAACUGGCAAGCCACUCCAGUAUCCCUGCAAAGAAAACUCCAUGGACAAAGACAACAGGCAUAUAAAAUCAAAUGGCUUAGUUUUCCCUAUUCAGUUGCAAUCUCCACAACACUCCUAAAAAGCAGUUUGCAGCACUUUAAAAGACUUAAACACACAUUUGUUCUGGCAUACGAUUUCCUUAUUCAUUCUCCUGUAACAUAUAAGUGCUUGAUAUAUAACUCAGCAGAAAAGGGUUUGAACAAACACACUGGAUGUGUGGAUGGGAAGUCAGUGCAUGAAACGAUGUAACUAUUUAACAAAACUUAUACAAAAUUCACUUCUUAGCUGUCAGGUAAGGAGAAGCACUAAAGUUUCCUUAAGUCUGUAUGCAUGUGGCAUCAAACCAUGGUAGUGUGUGCCAUCCUUAGCCAAUCUGGUGACAUGGUUUUGCUCCAUAACAAGAUCAACAUUAGUUAGCACAGUAAA